CCCUUGCCCCGUUUCCACCACCGACCUCCGAGCGAGCGAGAAAGAAGAAAGAAAGAGGGCGAGAGAUGGCUUCCUCUUUCGACACCAUUGGCAACGACGGGGAGGAGGUGGUGAGGGGAUCCACCCGCCCUUUCGACGACGAUGGCUACAUCGGAUACGAUCCCCGCCUCCCCUCCCAGCGCUUCGACGCCUACUCCUCCUUCGUCGCCGACGACGACUCCAAGGACGCCGCCGACGACUCCCCCGCCGCCGGAUUCCACGGCGGUGGAGUCGGCGCCGAGGCCUUUGGCGGCGGCGAUGAUGAUGUCCCCGUCCGCCACGCCUUCGGCGAUGGCAGCUUCCCUCCCUCCCCCGAGGGCUUCGGCUACCGUCCCCCGGAUCCGCACCCGGACUUCGCCUCCACGCCUUCCCCGUUCUCGAUGCCGGAAUCAAACGGGAAGGCCUACGAAGUGGCGGAUCACGGUGGGGUAUUUACUACUGACGGCCCGAUCCUUCCGUCCCCGGACGAGAUGCAGCCAGAGGAGGGGUUUAUCCUGCGGGAGUGGCGUCGCCAAAAUGCAAUCCUUCUUGAGGAGAAAGAAAGGAGGGAAAAGGAGUUCCGGAACCAAAUUAUUACUGAAGCUGAUGAAUACAAGCGGGCUUUCUAUGAGAAAAGGAAACUAAACUGUGAGACCAACAAGACCAACAAUAGAGAAAGAGAGAAGCUAUUCCUGGCCAAUCAAGAGAAGUUCCACGCCAAUGCAGACAAGCACUAUUGGAAAGCAAUUGGGGAGCUGAUACCGCACGAGUUACCGAGUAUUGAGAAGAAGCGGGGAAAGAAAGAGCAAGAGAAAAAGCCGUCCAUCACUAUUGUGCAAGGGCCAAAGCCAGGCAAGCUCACUGAUCUCUCGAGGAUGCGCCAGAUAUUGGUCAAACUCAAACAUAAUCCCCCACCACAUAUGAAAUCCUCCCCUCCACCAGCCACAGCUAAAGAAGCAACCAAGCAGGCAACACCCACUAAAGAGGCCAAAGCUAAUGGCACCAAGCCAACAAAGGACGAACCUCCUGCGGCAACAACAACAGAAGGCCAGGCAGGCAUGGUGGAAGAGCCAUCUCCCACCACCUGAAUACGACCCUGAAAGCCCGCUUGGGGAAGAUAUAUGAUAUAACGUUCUGCUUGUGUUCUGAGAUAAAAUAUUGUAGGAAGCCUUGGUCUAUUUGGCAGCUCCUUUCAUAUUUGCUUCCAACUUAUAAUCCUUUUUAUUGUUUUAUCAUGUAGAGAUCUGUUGUUAGCCGAGGCUAUAUUCCCUUAGAUCUUUGUCAAUCAGGAUUUGGAUGUGUGAUUUGCUGGUGCCUUUUAUCGGAUAUCUCAGUUGGAUGAUAUGAAUUUGAUAACUAUCUUCCCA